AUGUUCCUUAGUCGUUCAACGCUCUGUAGGAUCUCUGACUUCUCCACGGGUGUCGUGGUACUUGUUAUGGGUAUCACCGGUGUUGGAAAUAGCACUUUUAUAUCGAAGCUUCUAGGAGGUGAUACUGGCAUUGGUCAUGACUUGACUUCGUAUACGCAGGGUGUUGAAUUCCACAGCUUAAUGAUCAAAGAUAAACCUGUGUACUUGGUGGAUACACCCGGAUUCAACGACAACUAUCGCUCGGAUUUCGAGAUUUUUUCGGAGAUUUCUUUCAUUCUAUCUCAAAUCUAUCGGCGAGGUAUGAAGAUAGCGGGCAUAUUAUAUUUGCACCGUAUCUCUGAUAAUAGAGUUUCGAGGUCAGCUUUGAGAAACUUCAAGCUUUUGGAAUCUAUGUGUGGUUUGGAUGCUGCACCCCGGAUGUUCCUAGUCAGCACCAUGUGGGAUUCGAUACAGGUGGAUAACCAUGAGGCAAUACUUCGAGAAUCACGAUUGGAAGUUUUGGGGGCGGUUUUUGAACAUGGAAGUCAAGCAAAGCGGUGGCAUGGUGAUGAAUGGUCUGCCCUCUCAAUCGUCGAUGCAUUGAUUUCAUUGGGGGGAGGCUACAAAUCCCUUCUUAUCCAAAGAGAGCUUGUUGAUGAGGGGAAACCCCUGAAUGAGACGACCGCUGGGCUAGAGCUUAUGUCUGAGUACGUGACAGCCGAGGAGGAAUUGUCGCAGGAAAUGCGCUUGCUGCAAUCGGAUAUUUCAACCCCUCAGCAUGAUGCCAAGGCUAGUCUCUCAAAUUUGGAAAAAGAGAUCAGGGAAAUGAAGCAUGCACAAGAGAAGCUUAGAGUGUCAACUCGAGAGCUAUUUGCUGAAAGGGAGCAUUCUUAUAGCAAGGUACUUUCAAAGAUGCGUGUUGAGCAACAGAAGCUUUUUGGUGAGCUUCAAGAACAGAAGCGACAAUACAAGAGAUUGCAAGAUGAGAUGAAGAGCAAUGAUAAGUUUCUUGCGGACGAGAACUACUAUUGGAGCCAGAAAAGAGCAAGACUUGAACACCAGGUACGAAUCGGUUGUCGCAGAAGAGAUAGCAUUGAGAUAGAACGCCAGAAAAUUCAAGAUGAGGAAUUGCUUAUACAGGAGCAUAUGGGUGAUUUCCAGCAUGAAAAUGAAAGCAGUAUGUCACAGGUGUCGCAAAAUAUGCAGGAAUUAAGAAAAAGAGACUUGUUAAAGCGGAAUAUGCUUCCACUCUUAGGGCUUUUAGCUGGAGUGGGCCUCACUGCUGCUGGUGCUGUGACAGUUAUUCCCCUAGCGGGGGCCGGGGUGGGAUUGACUGUUAGUAGCGCCAGUGAGAUGAACCUAUCCCGGAAGAUCCAGCAUGAAGGACCACACGAGAAAUCUUACGCUUCAUCUGUAUCGAAUUUCUCCACAACAGCUUUCAAUAGAUCUCAGAUUUCAAACAUUGUCUUAAAUGGCAAUAUCUAG